AUUUCAAAUCCCUCUAUAUAUUAUCCUCUCUCUUCUCGUUCUCUCCAAUUUAUCGCGGCUACACCCACGUACCCUGAGAAAGGAACAGCGGCCGGGCCGUCGUUGCAGAUUGGCUUGGGUUGCUUCGCAUCUCCUGCUCUCUGUCCAUCUCUACGACUUUCGUCUCUCUCUUCGAGUUUUUAAAAGAUGGCUGAUGCUGAAGAUAUUCAACCCCUUGUCUGUGACAAUGGAACUGGAAUGGUGAAGGCUGGCUUUGCUGGUGAUGAUGCUCCCAGGGCAGUAUUUCCAAGUGUUAUUGGUCGACCUAGACACACUGGAGUCAUGGUUGGGAUGGGUCAGAAGGAUGCCUAUGUAGGUGAUGAAGCCCAAUCAAAAAGAGGUAUUCUUACCUUGAAGUAUCCCAUUGAACACGGUAUAGUUAGCAACUGGGAUGAUAUGGAAAAGAUCUGGCAUCACACUUUUUACAAUGAGCUUCGUGUUGCUCCUGAAGAGCAUCCCGUGCUUCUCACUGAGGCACCUCUCAACCCCAAGGCCAACAGAGAGAAGAUGACCCAAAUCAUGUUCGAGACCUUUAAUGUGCCUGCCAUGUAUGUGGCCAUCCAGGCUGUUCUCUCACUCUAUGCCAGUGGUCGUACAACUGGUAUUGUGCUGGAUUCUGGUGAUGGUGUGAGUCACACUGUGCCAAUCUAUGAAGGAUAUGCCCUUCCUCAUGCCAUCCUUCGUUUGGACCUUGCUGGUCGUGAUCUGACAGAUGCUUUAAUGAAGAUUCUCACAGAGAGAGGGUAUAUGUUCACCACCACAGCCGAGCGGGAAAUUGUUCGUGACAUGAAGGAGAAGCUUGCAUACGUUGCCCUUGACUAUGAGCAGGAGCUUGAGACUGCAAAGAGCAGCUCCUCGGUUGAAAAGAACUAUGAGUUGCCUGAUGGACAGGUUAUCACCAUUGGAGCUGAAAGAUUCCGUUGUCCAGAGGUACUCUUCCAGCCAUCUCUCAUCGGAAUGGAAGCCGCUGGAAUCCACGAGACCACCUACAACUCUAUCAUGAAGUGUGAUGUUGAUAUCAGGAAGGAUCUUUAUGGUAACAUCGUUCUCAGUGGUGGUUCCACUAUGUUCCCUGGUAUUGCAGACCGUAUGAGCAAGGAGAUCACAGCUCUCGCUCCAAGCAGCAUGAAGAUUAAGGUUGUGGCACCACCAGAGAGAAAAUACAGUGUCUGGAUUGGAGGGUCAAUUCUUGCAUCACUCAGCACCUUCCAGCAGAUCAGAUGUGGAUUUCCAAGGGAGAGUAUGAUGAGUCUGGUCCGUCCAUUGUUCACAGGAAGUGCUUCUAAGUUCUUUACAAGUGCUUUGAUGGUGAGUUCUUUUGCUUUUUGUUGGCUUUUUGUGUGAUGACUCGUGUCAUUUGAACUCAAGUUUUGGUUGGGUCAUUGAAGGAGAGCUUUUUCAGAUUUUGAUGUAUCAUUAGCCUCUCCAUUCCAUUGUGAUUCUGCAUUUUUCUUGUGGCUUUGGUGGCUUUUCCCUGUAAUGGCUUUCCUGGAAGUGGUGGGCAGUCUUGUUGUCAAAUCCUUGGUUGCCUGGAAUCAUCCAUGGAUCUAUCAUGUCUGUAGUAGGAAGCUUGUAGCUGGAGAGUGAUUGUGGUGCUUAAUUUAUGUUUUCCUUUUUUUCUUACUUCCAUAUUUGAAGAAUUUUGCUCCCUGAGAACAUUAAUGUUAAUAGAUAUUGUAUGAGGGAGUUUAUAUUAGUGUCAGUUUGCGGUCA